CCUAUAGACAAUCGGCAAAGUUGAACAUUACUUGUAUUUGACGUCUGCCUUCCGGCAGACUAUUCCGUUAUUUUGUCAACUAAUUCCUAGUAAAACUAGUGUGUAACGUUAAAUACUAGCUAACGUUAACAGCUAGGUAGCAUCCAGAAAACCAGAAAGCAGACGUAUAAAUAUGCAUAACUUUGAGUUUGUAUUCAUUUGGCAAUGAAGUGUUAGGAAAGACUAACUUGGAUUCAUUUCGUACUUACCUGUCGGUGCCAUCUUCCAGAAAACCAAGUACCAACGUUUUCAGAGCGCUUCGCAGUCUGUGUUUGCCGAUAAAGCGACGUGCGGGCAUGCUUCAGCUACGUCGUGAUGACGUCUAAUACUUGCGACGUAGUCAACACCUUUUUUGCUAUCAUCACCAGACCUAUCAGCAGAGAUACCUUUCUAAUAAUCACUGGCACCACCAGCUACUGCAAGAAGCACCUGAAGUAAAGGCAACUGGGUCCCUCACAAUACACUUUCUACUAAGGGGUUUGGACCUCAAUCCAAAAUGACUGACACAAAGCGUCUUGCCUUCUCCAUCAUUCACUUUCUUCAUGAUCAACUGGGCUCUGGGAGUCUAUCAUCAGAUGCUCAGGAAAGUUUAGAAGUUGCAGUCCAAUGCCUGGAGACCGCCUUCAAUGUCUCGACCGACGACCAGACCCUAGCUGUCACUCAAACGCUACCAGAGAUUUUUGCCUCUGCGACACUGAAGCAUCCAAACACCCUCCACGUGAAUAUAAACACAGCCAUAGAUUCCCCCACUGAGGAGGAAGAGGCAGAGGCUGAGCGACUCAAAACUGAUGGGAAUGAUCAAAUGAGGGUUGAGAACUAUGGGGCAGCUGUGGAAUUCUACUCAAAGGCUAUUGCCAUAAAUCCCCAGAAUGGAGUUUACUACUGCAACAGGGCUGCUGCAUACAGCAAACUAGGCAACUACGCUGGAGCAGUGCAGGACUGUGAACUUGCCAUUGGCAUUGACCCAAACUACAGCAAAGCGUAUGGAAGAAUGGGUUUGGCUCUAGCCAGUUUAAACAAACACACAGAAGCUGUAAGUUAUUACAAAAAAGCCCUGGAGUUGGACCCAGAGAACGACACCUACAAAUCCAACCUGAAAAUAGCAGAGCAGAAAAUGGAGACUCCAAGCCCAACAGGGGGAGUGGGAGGAGUUGAUCUGGCUGGGUUGCUCAGUAACCCUGGUUUCAUGAACAUGGCAUCUGGUUUGAUGAACAACCCACAAGUACAGCAACUGAUGUCGGGGAUGAUGUCAGGGGCUUACGGGCCAAUGGGACCUCCAGCAGCGUCUGGAGUAGGGCCUGGCUUAGGUGCAGGACCAGGGCCUGUACCAGGGUUAGGGUUGGGAGCCGGACCGGCAGCAGGAGUUGGAGUAGGGGGAGCGGGUCCGGGUGACAUCUCUGGUCUCAUCCAAGCGGGCCAACAAUUUGCGCAGCAGAUGCAACAGCAGAACCCAGAGUUAAUUGAACAGCUGAGGAGUCAAAUUCGCAGCCGGCCGUCUAGCGCUAGCAACGAUGAGCAACCUUGACCCUCAGACGGAGAGAGAUUUGUGUGUGGAAAAGUGAAGACGGCCUGUGUCCUUUUUUUUGUAAUUUGUAUUAUUCUCGCAACUCCGGGGACAAAGUUUUUCUUCACUGAGUAAUUAUUGCAUGUGCAGCCCCUCCCCUCCAAGGAAACCAGUCAGUGAAACUUUGAUCAAAUUUGAUAAACCCACUGUCAACAGAUAUCUAGUCUGAAGUGUAUGGAUUGAGUGGAUCUGUUAUACUCCAAUCUGCAAUGUCUUUCCAGUAUAGCACUUGGUUUAACUGUUUAAUGUUACUAAUCCUUGCCAGUGAACUGAAUCACUACACCCCCAGUGGACUAAAUGCAGUUGCAUCACUUGAACUUUGUCAUUUCAGGUGCACAACAAGAGAUUAUUAUGUGAUAUAUUUCAGCAGCCACCUUUAAUUUGAGAAGCAUCUAUUUAUACAGUGAUAUACUGGUAGUCAGAGAUGGCAUGUAGAGUACUGUCAACAUUAUGGGAAUUAAAUGGACCAUUUCAAAUAGGACCUUUAUGGUUGUUGACUUGUCUAGUGUAAUCGAGGAGUUGUUUCAGCAUUUUUCUUGAGUUGCACGAUAACACCUACAGUCCACUUUGUUCUUAUUUUGUCAUGAGAAAUUUGUUUUUUCUAACAAUGUGGGUGGCUGUCUGUUUUUGUUCCCAAUCUUUGAUUAAAUCACACUGGUAACUUA